AUGGGUGCCAAGUUGCGCUCGGGCUUCUACUUGGGCAAGAAGUCCGGCGUGCUGCUGGCGCUGCUGCUGGCCGCCCUGCUCCUGGCGCUGCUCGUGCUGGGGAUCCUGUACGGACGCUGCGCCCAUUUGCUGGAGGGCGCCGGAGCGGGCCCCUCGCCGCCUUCCACCAGCACGAGCGCCGAGCCUCCCACGCGGCCGCCGGGGCCCUGGGACCACUGGCGCCUGCCCGCCGCCUUGGCGCCUUUGCACUACUCGCUGCUGCUGUGGCCCCACCUGGCGCCCGGCCUGCCCGAGCCGCGCACGCACUCGGGCCGGGUCAGCAUCACGGUGCGCUGCCGCCAGGACACGGCCACGGUGCUCCUGCACAGCGCCCACCUCACCUACCAGAGCGCCGCCGUCUGGGGCCCGGGCGCCAAUGGCAGCAGCCGCGGCACUCGCGGCCGCCGCAUCCCCGUGGCCGAGCUGUGGGAAGCGCCGUCGAACCAGUACGUGGUGCUGGAGCUGCGCGAGAAGCUGAGCGCGGGCGCCCUCUAUGAGCUGCAGCUCGCCUUCCGCGGGAGAAUCCACACGGGUCCGGAUAUCAGCGGGCUCUUCCUUAACACGUAUCGGGACGAAGGAGAGAACAGGUGGCUGAUUGCAUCACAACUAGAACCAACAGCUGCAAGGACUGUUUACCCAUGCUUUGAUGAGCCUGCUAUGAAAGCCACCUUUAACAUCAGUAUUGUUCACCAUCCAAGCUAUGUAGCCCUUUCCAACAUGCCAGUCAUAGAUGUAUCCGAGUAUAAAGAUGUGAAUGAGAGCACAUUGAGUGGAUUGACGAAUGGGACUACGCCGAUAAAAUGGACUAUCACAACAUUUGAAACAACACCAAAAAUGUCCAUAUACCUCACUGCUUUUGUGGUCUGUAACUUUGAUCAUGUCUCCAGAACUGAGAGGGGCAAUGAGAUACGCAUUUGGGCUAUGAAGGAUGCAAUUCAAAAUGGAUUUGCUGACUAUGCUUUAAAUGUCACUGGACAAAUCUUUUCAUAUAUGGAAGAUUUACUUAACAUUAGUUACACUCUUUCAAAAACUGAUCUGAUUGCACUACCGAAUAUGUCAGGUGCUAUGGAAAACUGGGGGCUAAUGACUUUCCAGGAAAAUGCCUUAUCGUAUCGCCCAGAAGAUAAAUUCACAGACAGGAAAAUUUGGAUUCAGCGAAUUGUUUCCCAUGAGACAGCACAUCAGUGGUUUGGAAAUCUGGUUACCAUGACAUGGUGGAACGACUUAUGGCUUAAGGAGGGAUUUGCAUCUUACUUUGAAUAUGUAGGUUCACACUACAUUGAUCCCACAGUGUCCCUGGAUCUGAUCUUUAUCUCUGAGAUUACAUUAUUUAUGUUGGAGAUGGAUGAUGAAAUAGAUAAUCAGUCUUUAUCAGACACAAAAGAAGAUCGUCAAACAAUAUCAGAACUGUUUGGUCUUGUAACAUACAAGAAGGGGGCUGCCAUCGUCCGGAUGCUUUCCAGCUUUAUGACAGAAAGACUGUUUAUAAAAGCACUCAGUUCUUAUCUGAAUGCAUUUUCCUUCUCAAAUGCUGUCCAGGAUGAUCUGUGGAAUCACAUUCAAAAGGUAAUAGAUGAACAGAAUGAUCUUCAGUUGCCGGCACCAGUAAAAGUUAUAAUGGACUCUUGGACCUGCCAGAGAGGCUUUCCACUCCUAACUGUAAAUUUUUCCACUGGGAACAUCAGUCAGGAAAAGUUUUAUACUGCAAAAAGAAAAAACAAUACAAAUAAGACAUGGAUGAUUCCAAUUUCUUGGAUAAAAAAUGGAGUGCCCCAACCCUUAGUAUGGCUUGAUAAGAGCAGCAAAAUAUUUCCUGAAAUGAAAAUAUCAGACUCUGAACAGGAUUGGAUUAUUUUAAAUGUGAACAUGACUGGUUACUAUAGAAUUAAUUAUGACCAAAUGUAUUGGAGGAGAUUGGCUAAAGUGCUUGAAAGUGACCCAAAGGUAAUUCCUGUUGCCAGCAGGUUGCAGUUAAUGGCAGACGCUUUUGAACUGAGACGGUCUAAUUACACUGAGUAUGGAACUCCACUGUAUUUAACUAAGUACCUUGGAAAAGAAGACAACGUUUUAUUGUGGGAAGAGGCACUGAGUUGUCUAGAAGUUGACAACUGGGAACUUAUUCUGAGUGAUUAUAAAUUAUAUCCAGUUUUAAAGAAAUAUUUAUUUCCACGAAUUUUGCCAAUAUUUCAUCAUUAUGCAUAUCUUCUUCGUCAGAGUCUUGAUGUGUUGGUAGUUGACGAUUCUAUUAAGUUUUUAUUUUUGGCUUUUACUCCUAGAUCUGGCAUAGAAAGGAUCAUUAAAACAGCAUGUUGGUUUGGGCUUCGUGACUGUUUAGACCUGGCUUCUGAAAUCUUCAGCAAGUGGAUGAACAAUCCCAGUCCUGAGGCUCCCAUUUGUCUUAGCACAACCAUUUGUUGCUAUGGUGUUCAGAUGGGUAGUGAUAAAGAAUGGGACUUGGCAUGGAAAAUGUUCAAGCAGAAUGAUACAAAAGAAAAGUAUUCUAUAUUCUCUGCCCUGAGCUGUACACGUGAGCCAUGGUUAAUUCAAAGAUUCUUGCAGUACAUCCUCAACGAUACUGUAAUUUCAUCAUCUCUGGUAACAAAAGCGAUUAGAGAUGUAGCCAGAAGUGAGUUUGGUCACCGGAUAGCAUGGAAAUUUGUAACUGAAAAUUGGUCGCAACUGUAUAAUCGGAGUGGAUUUGAAACAUUACAUGCUUUUGCAUCAUCUGUCAGUACAGACUUAGAGGUCCAAAUUAUCCAGGUUUUUCUUAAUAAUACACUUGAACCGAAACUAAGAAGCAUUCCUACUGAUGAGUUGCUAUCAGAAAAAUCUGAAAAUCAAGAAAGAAUACGAUCACUGACUAAAAUGAUUAUGUGGCUAAAGAAAAAUAUGGAUGGUUGACAUUUGAGAACUCUUUCAAAUAUCAUUUUUAGUAUUCAAUUGGUGGCACCCUAGGGCUGCAUGUGGCCCUCAGCCUAAUUUCAGAAGCCAUCUGCAUGCAUUCAGUUCAGCCCUCUGCAAGAGUGAUCUGUAUUCCUUCCCAAGCAGGGCACUGAAUGGGAAGGAAGAGGGAUAGAGAGAAAAGCAGAGCCAGGUGGCAGUUAUGGAAAAUGAAUGUUUUGGUCAUGCUCACCCCAGCAGAUUACCCUGAAGUCAAUAUGGCCCUCAUCAGAAAAAAUAUUGCCUGCCGUGCUAUAUACCGACAUCAAACUCAUUCUCUUAUUGUGGAUCCUUAGGUAGCCAAAUAUAAGAGGGAGAUAUCAAACUUUUCAGGAUGGACAGUAUAAGCCUCAAUCCAGAGAAAAUAAGGUGGACAUUGCUUUAGUCUGCUGUUAUCCUCUAUCGCAAGUUAUAGCAACUUUGGAGUACGCUUUUAUAUUCUAUGGGCUUGUUUUACCCCAACCACUCCAGAGGUUGCCCAGAUCACAAGCAGUGUGUGUGCUGUUGAAAAGUGAUCUAACAUCUUUACCAGAGUAUUGGAAAACAUUGCACAUUUGACCUGAAGAAUGGGAUCGUGAGCCUAAUCUCAUUGAAGUCUCAUUGUAAAAUGCCAUGUGGACGAAAAUUCAUAUGAAACUAUUCCUCCCUUUCCCAGCUUACACAUAACUAUUUUUCCUUGCUUGGGUUCAGAAAAUGUUUUUAAUGAGUGAUUUUUUUUAUUGAAAUUGCCAAUUCUUAAAUGUUUACAAUAGUAAUUUUAGAUAAGAAAAACUAUUUAAAAUGCCUAUGAUGCUAUUUUUCAUGUGUGGAAUUUCCACACAGU